UAUUUUAUCUGUAUAUGUCCACCAGGAAAGACAGGAAUAAGAUGUGAAGUCGACAUUGAUUUUUGUAAUCCAACCCCUUGCAAUGAGAAUGAUAUAUGCCAACAAGAUAAUAGUACCUUCCAAUGUCAAUCAGGACACUUUUAUCAGCAAUGCCCUAACACAUGUUUAAAUAGCGAAACAACAGUCUGUGUUGGAAACCAGUGCAUUUGUGCUUUAAAGAUGAAUAAAAAUGAAACAUGCAUGUCAAAUCAAACAGACAAGUUGAAUAUUAGUAGCAAUAAGAAUCCGUAUUUUAUUUCACCAUUCAUCGGGUCUGUUAUAACGUGCGAUAACUACGAGAGUAGAUGUGUAUUCCCAGUCUAUCUACUUUCAGAAUCUACCCCAAAGUUGUCGUUUUUCACCGAGACGAAUGUUUUUAGCUUGUCUCGUCGAAAAAUAAGUAUACUGCCGCCAGUACACAUUGUGGAUGGUUAUUACAGAGCAACAAUAGUGCUUUCCAAAUCAAGAGAAUACAAUCAAAUAUAUCACGAAUUUGAUCUAUGCUUUAAUGUUGCCAAAAAUUCAUCACCUCAAGUCAUAACAGAUAAACGGUGUUUUCACGUUGCCGACAGAAAUGUUCCUUCUGGUAAUGAAAUAUGUGGAUAA